GCAACAGUGCGCGGACCGCCACCACGCGACGCGGUUGCUCUUUCGCAUCGAGCGCAUCGCUCCGAGAUCGAGAGCGGUACCUCGAGACACCUGCGCGAGCACCCCGAGGAACCUUGCCACCCCGUGAGCAAGCGACUCGUCGGGAAAAGAAAAAAAUUGAGCGCUCUUCCGCUGUCGUGUCAUCGGAACACUACGUUGUCCAAAGAGAAACGAAAUCUACUAUCUACAGUAAAUGUAUAGAUAGCAAUUUGGACGAAAGUAGAGCGCGUCAUGUUCGAAACAGGCUCCAGGGACACGAUGCAUCGUUCCAUUAAUUCAGCCGUCAAACCGAGCGCGGGGAAUUGCGGCUCUGCGUUAACUUUUCCGAAAAUAGUACGGCCGAUGCAGUGCGAAUCAUCUCGUCGGGAUUAAGACGAUUGUUGCUUUACCGCGACCGCAGAGACUUGCGGCUGAACAGCGCGAGGCCCGUAAACGGGGCGAUUGAGUAUUCACACCCUUGAAUAAUUCGUCCUUCGAAUUCUCGCUUUGUCGGAACAGUAUUGACACCUGCAAAGAGUCAUGCGGAUGUACAGUUCCAAAGAUACUCGUCUAAUGACGUUGGACUGCGACGUAUGGGGACUAUAUUGAUCACGACAUUUUAAUCGGCCAGAACAAUCUUGGUGUUCAAGUGCGGCCACAAUAUCCAGUUACGACGGAUACCAGUCGAUGAGCGCCGAGAGAUAAUCCCGAAAUACAAUCGCUACCGCUGAACAAUCAGCGAGAGGGUGAUCCUCCGGGCUCAAAGGGCAAAGGCUCUCGAUUGGACGAAUAAAUUGGAUGUGUCGCGUAAUACAUAAAUUGGAACGCGCUGUGAUAAAGAGCUUGCUGACACUCUUUCCGGAACUUUGAGAGUGUCGAGAUAAAUGACAACGAAGUAUGACCUGCUAAUUUGAGUCGCGCGUGAAAACCGGCACUCAACGGACUGAAACAAGCUGACGGCGGGUAACAAGGAGGGAAAACUCGUCCACGAGAUUGGACAGAAGGGACUGACGGAAUCAAUUUCUGGUGAAACCGUGCGUGAUAGAAAUGUGGUCUGGAGAGGAAUGCCGCACGACUUUACGAUGAGGAGAAACCGGAAGAGCGCCUCGAGUCGUCACAGAAUCGGCGACUGAUUAUGACGCGCGUCCGCACGCGGCGGCAUUUCUCUCGUCUCCUCCUGUUGUUCUCUUCCUCCGAAGCCCUUCACGCACGCCAUUGCCUGACCCUACUCCUUCUCGGUCUUACCUCUCUCCGCACAGUGUUAUCGUGCGACGAGAAGACGAGGCCCCAGAGCCGCGACCUGAACGCAUUUCCCCGGCACGUUGAAGUAAGUAGGUACUCGGAGCGGAGAGACCUCGACGCGGUCCCCGGAGCGAUCCCGGAAUGGAUGCAACGCAAAAGGAACGAAGUCUCGAGCAUGGUUGGUCAAAGUGCUAGCGGCGCGGUCAGUGAUCAUCACUCCAGUGACUCGCGGGCAAGCCAACGAAAUCGUGACUCAUCCGCUCCACCAGUGACCAAAGGAACUCACGCCGAGGAUCGUAGCAUCUUCCUGAGCGCCGUUGAUGAUCGCCGCGACGGUCCGGUGCGUUCUCCAACUAGUCGCCCAAAAUUUGGCCAUCGAUCUGGUGAUUCGGUGGAGAAUCGACGAGUUGGUAACGGAAUCGUUUUUCAAAGUAUGAAACAAAGUAGAAAGAGUGCCAAAGAUAAAUUGAACGAUCCGGUCGGAGAGCGGGGUAGCGUGCCUGCGCAUCAAGUUACUCAUCAUCGCUCGAUGGAUCCGGAAGCUGUGAGAGAGGCCGAAUUUCAGGACCAUCCGAGCGGGAUUGAUGAAACAAGUUUGAUGACUUUAGGCAGACCUCAUCAAAGCACAGGCAGUUUCCUCAAGGGUCCGGUUCGUGAUCGCAGCGCGAAGGGUGCAUUAGUCGAAGUUCCGAUCGAUCAGUCGCGUUUGAGCGAGCCGUCAAGCGUGAGUCACGUCACGGGGCUGACGAGAAGUCGACGGGAUCGCGAUGAGGACAGUUCCGACGGGGCGAAGCAAACGGGUCUAAAUGCCAGUAAUGUAUUCGCCGGUACGUCGAUUAAUCGCGCGAAUGAACGCACGAGCGAUUAUUCAGCCGGGCGUAAUGCGCGCGCCAACGAGGCGGGGUCGGAUCGAUCGAGCGAGAACGGUAUCGACUUUGCGGCCAUACGUCGCGACGAUCUCGCGAGGAAUCGAAGCGAUCGCGGAAUUGCCGCCUUUGAGGUUACGAGGCAAACUCGCUCAGACAUUGGCGGCACGUACGCGCUUGAUAAUCGAAGCUACGGUACACGCGGAUCCGAGAGCACGACCGAUUACCCCAACGGGAGCGACAAUUUCAACUUCGUUGGUAACGACUCCGCGAACUCGCGCGGGAACGACGGAAACGUCGACGUAAUCGUGUUCGGCACGGUUGCCGAUUACGUGGAGGACAGCGUCACGUCGGUAGAAGGCGGUCGGAGAAUCGCGCUCGAUGGAGUUUCGGAAAUCGGGAAUCGGACCGAGACCAAUUCGGAAUACGUGGACAAUACCUCGGACUACAACGUGGCGGAAAUUCGCGGCGCGGGUUGUGGCGAUGACGCGUGCUCCGCGGCGAGUGAUAACGACGUGCCGGUGAUUAGAACGAGGAAGUUCGGCGGAGCGAAAGAGUCGAGCGACAAUCGGGAGCACGAGGAUCAUUUCGCACGGGUGAGCGACGUAUCGACGACGCCUGGCAACGACGUCGACGUCGAAGCGCCUUUCACGGGUUUCGAGGGUUCUCAGAAAUUUCCCGUAAAAAUCAAUCGCGACAAGUCGCCGGCGAUGGUGCCGCCAGUCGAAAGGUUCGACUGGCGACACUUUGGCCCACACAAAGAGAACGUACUUGAGGAAACGUCGACGUCGACGUAUUCGAGCACGGUACCGCCCGGUCUGCCGAAGAGUCCCAGUAGGGAUGCGCUUCAUCACGCACGCAAGACGAACGGUGGUAUCGGCGAGAUGGACAGAAAAGAUAGCCGAGGCGAGGAUGCGAUCGAGAAUAACGAGAAGCAGAACGACACUCACGAUGAAUCGCGGCUGCCUGGCGCAUCAUCUGGUAGACGUUCACCGGGUCUCUCGGGCGCCGAGUCGGAACCUGACGAAACAUUCGCGGUGAUCUCAAACACGACGGUGACCACGGAUAAUGACAUGGAGACCGCGUCAUACAGCGAGGACGAUUCCGACGGGAACGCGGAGAUCGACGUAACGGUGCCGAGCGUGAAACCGAUGGAGAAGACAAAUAUAACUAUUCUGGGUCUCUUUGAGAUAACGCACGGAACGGUGCCGAGGCCGGAAGGAUUCAGCGAGCUUCAAGCGGCCAAAUUGGCGGUCGACCGUGUCAACGAAUUGGAUAUCUUGAAGCACUUUCGACUGCGGCUUAUUUACAAUGAUACUAAGUGCGAUUCUGGAGUUGCCGUGGAUAGAUUCUUUCACGCCCUGUAUUCGACGAGGAAGAAACAUCUGAUGCCGUUCCUGCUCGGCACUGCCUGCUCCGAAGUCACCGAGACACUGGCGAAAAUUGUGCCCUAUUGGAACGUGAUUCAAGUGUCGUUUGGAUCGACGGCUCCAGCACUCUCGGAUUCCAACGAGUUCCCUCUAUUCGUGCGAACUGUCGCGCCGGAUUCGAGUCACAAUCCAGCUAGGAUAGCAUUGAUCAAACACUUCGGAUGGGACACCGUCACGGCGCUUUCGCAAACAGGCGACAUGUACUCCUUGGCAGUGAACGAUCUGGUCACAGAACUGGAGCAGGCGAAUAUCACGUGCACCGCUACCAUCACAUUCGCCGAGAACGAUUACAAGGAGCAACUGCGAACUUUGAAAGAAUUGGACACUAGAAUUAUCAUCGGGAGCUUUUCAUCGCGACUGGCGCAACGUGUCUUUUGCGAGGCCUGGAAGCUCGGGAUGCAUGGUGGCGAUUACGCGUGGAUCUUGCCAGAUGAUACCAUCACCUUAUCGGGAAUGAAGGGCGAUUGGUGGCACGCCGGAGUCGGGGAAUGCUCUCACUCUCAGCUGUCGCAGACUAUGGACGGUUUAAUCAUCGUCAAGAGCCAUGCCCAACUCGUGGGAGACGAGGUCAGCGUGUCAGGAUUGACGAACGCGGAAUUCAUCUCGGAACUGACUAAUAGAAGCAUCACACACUCGAAAUUUGCGGAGCAAACGUACGAUGCCGUGUGGGCCAUGGCCCUCGCCCUCGCCAGAACCGAGGUCCUCCUGAAUCGACAGAACGAGAGCAUGGCGCAGUACACGCACACGAGGAAGGAUCUCACCUACCAUCUGCUGGAGCAACUCAAGCUGCAGCAUUUUAUCGGAGUUUCGGGCCCGGUUUCCUUCAAGGAUGCAGACCGCGUCGGCAUCACGGCGUUUUACCAGAUGAUGCACGGACAGGACGAUAUUAAGAGAAUAGCUAUCUAUACUCCCGAAGAUGGGAAACUGAUAAUGAACUGUCCAGGAUGUGAGGCUACAAGAUGGCCCGGAGGGCAAGUGCCAGCAGCUCGCAGAGUCUUCCGAUUACGAAUGGUGACAGUGGCACCUGCUGCGUUCCUCGCUAUUACGUGCAUCGCCAGCGUCGGCGUUACCCUAGCCCUUGCUUUUCUGGCCUUCAAUCUUCACUUUCGGAAGCACAAAAGCAUAAAACUUUCAAGCCCGAGGCUGAAUAAUAUGGCAGCCGUUGGUUGCGGCCUGGUCUACGGCGCUGUUAUACUUUUGGGACUGGACGACGCCACGCUGCCCGACAGCGACGGUUAUUAUCCUACGGUGUGCAAGGCAAGAGUAUACCUGUUAUCAGCCGGCUUCUCUUUGGCUUUUGGCUCGAUGUUCACAAAGACGUAUCGGGUACACAGGAUCUUCACCAGAAGCCGCAGUGGGGUCGUCAAGAACAAGCUGCUGCAAGAUACCCAGCUGAUAUUUUUAAUCUGCAUGCUUUUGGUGAUCGACGUCGUUGUGGUGACCCUGUGGGUAAUCCUGGACCCGAUGCAACGUCACCUGCAAAAUCUGACUUUGGAGAUCAGUCCGCAGGACCGAGGGGUCGUCUAUCAGCCCCAGGUGGAGGUGUGCCGUUCGCAGCACACGAACGGCUGGUUAGGCGCUCUCUACGUUUACAAAGGUUUAUUACUCGUAGUCGGAGUCUACAUGGCCUGGGAAACGAGGCACGUAAAGAUUCCAGCCCUAAACGACUCGCAAUACAUCGGUAUGAGCGUGUACUUCGUAGUAAUUACGUCGGGUAUCGUCGUAGUGCUAGCCAACCUGAUGCCCGAUCGCGCGACCUUGGCCUUCGUCACGAUCACUGCCCUGAUCCUGGCUUCGACAACGGCGACCCUGGCACUGCUCUUCCUGCCGCAAUUGGCGAACAUCCUGGGGGGCGAGAGGGCCGACCCGGUCAUACAGAGCCUCGGCCUCAAGAUUGAAUGUAACACGCGCAGAUUCGUCACCGACGACAAACGAGAGCUACAGUAUCGCGUGGAGGUGCAAAACCGAGUUUAUCGUCGUGAGAUGGCACAGCUGGAACUGGAAUUGGCCAGAUUGGAGAAGCAACUGGCGCAAGAGCCGGUAGAGCCAUCGCGCACUUCAUCAAGCGCCUCGAUCCCACAACGAAAUCCAAGCAUCGGAGGUGGUUUGCCUCUGUUAUUGCUCAGUGUUCUGCCGCCGGUUAUCCCACGUGCCAGCUGGCCCUCCGCAGAUUCGUCCGGCAUACGCCGCGGCACCGUAGCAUUUAGCAGCCAACCGGAUCUGGAGCCGGGCGAUCCCAGACAAAGCCUGGCCGACCUUUACAAGCUGCACCGUCGCCGGGAGACCGAGGGACCGAACCGCCUGGGAGUUUUUCAACGACUCUUCAGCCUCUUCGGCAGCAGACCGAGUAGCAGGAAAACCUCCACCGCGUCGUUCACCGGGGUCGCAUCAGCGCUUCGAGUCCACAUGGGUUACAUCGCUGGUUUAGUGCCUGGUGCGAGGGCUGCUUCUACUUGCCAGGUAGAUGCCCAAGGCUCUCACUCGCCUCAUGCACGAUGCGGUUCAGGACCAAUAAUUAGUAUUACUAGUGAGGAAGACCGUAGAUUGAGUCUAGGGCUACGUCGCAAGGAAAGCAGCGAGCCUAGAGUAAAUUUCAGCUUGCCACCACAGGUGAGCACGAGUCAGUCGUCGUCCCGAGAGAAAAUACGCGGUUCGCCCCGGUUUCCCCAUCGAAUAAUCCCAACGAACAGUUUGAGUGCCAUCGCGCAAGGUACAUCGAUCCCGAGACCACAUCGUUGGCACUCAAUGGAAGACGCGUCGAAAUCGAAAAUCACUAAAACAUCCCGUGGCUCCUGCAGCCCUAAUUCCGACGUAUGGGCCACGAGUGAGGUCGGGGUUCCUUUCAGCGAGCUGGCCAAUACCGUCAGAGGUAGGAAACCACCUGAUUCCCUGCCUUUGACCAUCACCGUAGACUCGAAAAUGAGCCCAGUCGAUACUAGAUUGGCCAGUGAUCUGAGGAAGCUGUUCCGGGAGAACGACAGCCAAGAUCCAGUCAGCCCCGCCGAAUACGAACUGAAAGCGAAUGGCUCGAGUUCGUCAUCCUCUUCGUCCCCGAAGAUAAUCGGUAUCGGUGAUUCCGUGCCCUUAAAGAACGAUUCCACCCUCGAGACUUGGCGUGGAACUGGUUCGAACUUUCGUCAAGAGCCGAGUUCCCAUCCGUCAAGUCCAGUCAUCUCCGUGGUUGACACAGAUAAUCCAGGGGAGGCAGCCAGCACCGAUGUUGACGGUCACACCGCGGGUGUCUCUUGCGAGGAGAAGAGACCGACUACUGUGUAGCGUAACAGUGUGCAAACGUGAUCGUGACGAGCCUCUGCUGAGUGAUAAAGUCAUCAUUUCAGAUAGACGAUAUUGUCGGAGACUACGUCCAAACUCUACGUUGAUUUUCUCGUGUUCCACUCGCAACACUUUGACGUUUUUUCGAAAGUGGGACGGCGAAUCUAUCAAAAUUCGUAAUUACCGUAGCCCGCUUAGACAAUCCAGAGAUCAAAUUAAAAGUCGCAUCUGUUUAGAUGUUACGUGUGAUAGACAGAAAAAGAUCAUCAUGCAGUAUAAUAUUAUCACCAAACUAACAAACUACUUAGAGACACACUAUGGGCUUGCAACACUAUGAUAUGUCUCUGCAAAAGUCCAUCUACGUGUAACUCAUGAAAAUUAUGAUAACAUUAAAUUAUAGCGUCAAACGUUAGAUAGCUUCACAUCGACAUUUCAAAAAUCGGCUAGAUCUCUCGAUAGUUAAUUCAUAAUGAUGAAAUAGCGAUAACGUUGUUUAUUAGGAAUUGAUAUUAUAAUCGGUUAUUCACGAGGCAUAAUAAAUUGAGCGGUGAAUCGGAAACUGUGCAGUGGAACGCUACAAAAUCGACACUGUCAAUGCAAUAUAGAUCAACAAAAGGAACAAAAGGACAAUAUAAACAUUCGGCUCAACUUAACACGAGAGUUAUAACGUUGUUCGUGCCCGAAUCAAUAAAUAUGAUGCGUGUCGUGAUCAUGCGAUGAACCCGCAAAGUGGCGUACGUGUGAAUGCAGGUUUCUUGCCCGUAAUGCCUAGACCGCGAGGAUCAUGGACCAAUCGCGAUGUAAUCUUAAUCGUGUGUGUUCGUUAGUAACUGUGCCAAA